AUGACAAAAUACAAUUUAUUGGUUGACUUAUUAAGGGAAUCGUUUGUGCACGAUUAUUUGGAAAGCUAUGAGUCAUUGGAUGUGCUAUCCAAUGUUCGGAGCAAGAUACAUAAAGAAGGAUAUAGUAUUGAGACGGGAGAAUACAAGAUAGAGAUUUACGGAAAGAAGGGCGAAGAAAAUUCGGUGGUAAUUGACAUUGAAAGCAAAGACGGUGACUCUAAGUAUUUUCAGGUCAUACGGGUGGAUAUAACGAAGUACGGGAAAUUUCCUUUGGAGCUAAAUGAAGAGUCCAAGAAGAGUUUGUCAAGGGACCUGAUGGUGACAUAUAGGCGAUAUUUUGAUGCAUAUUUGGAACACGCGGGUGAUUUAAGCGGGGAUUCCAAUGUCGCUGCGCCGAGGGACAACGUGGUGAAUACGCGUACGCGCGCACCGGAGGGUCUUCGCCAGGGGGCGACGGCCUCUGUGCCGCGAAGCUCGGGGUCUGUCCGUGCACGGGCAAGUCCAGUUCCCUCCAACAUGGCUCCACCGGGUUUCGACGAUGAGUUGCAGAUCCAGUCAAGUCGACACGGUCAAUUGAGCAUACCGAAAAGUCAUCAGGGAUCUUUUGGCGAUGCUGAUUUGUAUCCUGGGGGAACCAAGUAUCCAUCAUUGGAUCCUCUUGGACGUGACAGUUCUUCCAGCACAGGUGGUAUGCAUCCUACGGCAGACGAUCCAUUGUUUAGGCCGGAGUUGGGUGGUGGCGGUUCCCCUGCUGGUCCAGCUGGGCUUGGGCGAAUUCGUUACGAUGAGCCCCUCGCUGGACCUAACGAUGAUUUGAAUUUGGCAGGAGAGGGAUUACCUCCGGAUAUGGGUUUAGGAUCUCGAAGAUCUGGGAAUCCUGGCGGGUCCCGUGGGUCUCGUGGGUAUCGUGGGUCUCGUGGACCUGGUGGACCUGGUGGACCUGGUGGUCCUGGUGGUCCUGGUGGACCUGGGUUCAUGGGUGGAAGUUCUGGCUUUAUUUAA